AUGGAAAGGAUCAUAAAGAGUGAACUGAUGCAAUUCUUGGAAGUUCACGGCCUGCUAUCGAAAUGCCAGGGUUCAGUUCGGGGACCCAUUUUGUUCCUUAUCUACGUGGACGAUGCCGCAAGAGAUUUAGACUGCGAAGUUGCAAUGUUUGCGGAUGACAUGAAGAUAUGGAGUGUAAUUCGGGGUCCUGCCGAUGAAGACAGACUGCAGAUGAACCUGAAUCGGUUGGAGGAGUGGUCAAACCGUUGGCUCCUGCGCUUCAACGUUGCCAAAUGUAGCAUACUUCGCCUAGGCAACACAGCCAGAUCCGCCAGCACAAGAGGCUACUUUCUGGGCGGUGCAGCGCUACAAGAGGUCGAAGCCCAAAAGGACCUCGGUGUGCUUACGACGAGUUCCCUGUUCGAGGGUGGCAAAAAGCGCAAUGUCCGUACUGUACGCCAUCAAGCGUGCGUUUAUGGACUUUGACGAAGAAGCUUUCUCUAAGACAUUCGGAACAUUCGUCCGGCCGCACUUAGAGUACGGCAUACAAGCUUGGAGUCCGUGGGCUGUUGUGGACCAAAACUGCCUCGAAAUAGUCCAGAGGAGAGCCACGAAGAUGGUUAGGUGUCAAAGCUCCUUUCCUUAUGCAACCCGCCUAGUAAAUCUGAACCUCUUUCCUUUGAGUUACAGGCAACUUCGCGGAGAUCUCUUGCAAGCCCUCCGCAUUGUAAAGGGGUUGGAUUGCAGUCUGGCCUUCGAGGACUUUUUUGAAUUUGCUACUACGACCAACCUCCGAGGUCACCCGUUAAAACUGCGCACUGAGCAGGCACGGCUGGACGGGCGGAAGUUCUCAUUCUCUGUUCGAGUGGUCAAACCAUGGAAUGAGCUUCCCGCAGAUGUUGUGAUGUCACCAUCUAUACAAAGUUUUAAGAAGAAUCUGGACAUAUUUAUGUUCCGAAAUGAACAAGAGCGAUGAGAAGUCGAGCUCACACCCUGUAACUCCUUCUCAUUUUGUCCCACCAUUAUGGGCGUGUUCGAACUAUUUCAGCCCAGAACAUCUAUCUAUGCACCACACAUUUUUUACGUUGUAAAUAGGGCACUCAAAGGCCUACGCCUAUUUCCCUCAAUAAACUGAACUGAAGUGAACUGAACUGAAGUAGCAUGCCACGAAGAAUGAUGACCGAGCAGUGAAAUAAAACUCCUAGCAUAUAAGCAAUAUAAGUAGGACUGGAUUAACUCUAUAGGAGAAAAAAACUCUCGGUCCUGAAUGUAUAAAAAGCAGGCAGGACCGGCCUGUAUAUGGCAGUGUAUACCGGAGUUCAUGAAGGGGGGAAGUAGGCGGGUCAGGCAGGACUGGCCUAUAUGUGGUAUUGAUAAAAGGUUCCAAACGGGCAUCAUCAAGGCAGAAUUCAUAUGCCGGAUGAGGCCAUUCAUGUCAAAGUGGCGAAUAGAAAACCAGUCUCGAGGCGAUAGGAACCGAGAUGCGAUCAGAUAUAGUCAGCCGAGUUCAGUCGAGGAGGGGGCAAGGGAGAUGUGACCAGACUACUAGUAUAUGGUGAAUACAGAAGGGUUCGCCAAGAGUGUCGAUAGAGCUUAUUCUGUGAGGAGCACGAUGCAUGAAUGGAAAAAUCGAAAAAAUAAACAUUUUGAUGAGGAAUCUUAGGGAUCGAUACUACCCACAUGAAAUGACAAUGAAAUGCGCAAUUCUCCAUUAUUAUACCAAAAAUUACUGGCAGGUUUAGCAUGCUUUUUACUGUAGAGAAAUACCCCAACGAAUUUAUGUCCUGCGCCCUCGCAAUGAUCAGUUGUAGACGCGAAAGCGCGUCAAGUGAGGUCCUGGGUUACUAUGCGUUUCAUAAGGUUUCUCCAAGGCCACAGAUUCGUGGUCGUGUUCAAUCUCGAAGUACAUAACUAUUAAAGAGCCCUCAUUUUGACCAAGUAAGCUAAAAAGGGCGUUGUAACCAAAUCGAGUCAUGGUUUUGAGCUAUGUUUUGCGGUUGCGACUGUAGCGAGCAGCCAUCAUGACCAGUCUGACGUCAUUGGUCAAGAAAUCGCUAACUCAAUGCCAUUCCAUCUUUUCAGUGAGCCACUUCAAACGCGUUGCCCUGAAGCCAAACGGCCAACAGCUCGGGCAUAACCGCAGCUGCCCAUUAGGCCACUUGAACGCCCCUACUCCAUGCAACUUAAGCCGCUGGGACAUCACCCCUUGGCAAAUGUAACACAUACUCACGAGACACUACUCGAGCUGGGCCCACGAGCCUACAGAAACGACUGUCACCAGUGUCCUAAGGGCUCUUAGGUAUAACUGGAUGCAGUCAACACCAGCCCUGGCUUCGCCGGUGAUCGUUGUCGCCUCGAAUGACAAUUCCGGAUUCUGUAUACAUUGAGCCCCUCAUUCUGCUUCCUUCUGGCUUGUCCUUCCAACAUAGGAUUUGACUUGAUGAUUUCAGCGCACAGACUACACACUUACACCGCUUGGUCACAAAACAAAUAUGCAUACUUAUUUGCAACUGCAAACUUCGAAUUAUCUGGCUCACCAAAGUUGAAACGAACACAAAACAUCUAUUCUCUCAAUUGGAUCGCCUAAUUACAUAUUCUUAUUCAACAAAAGACUCGAAUAUGCUCCCGUGAAGCUACUCCUGUGACCGCACACGAAUAUUUUAAAGAUCCGCCUACAAAUAACGUACCAAUUAACUGUGGAGAUCAUUGGCCAAUAGCCAUCACCCGCGGGGCUUUCAAAGUAUAUAAAGUUGGGGCCGCUGACUGUACGUGGUUGCGCGCUCCCAAGGGCAAAAUGUUCAGGAACACCUUUCAGAGUGGCUUCCUCUCUAUGCUGUUUAGUAUGGGCUCCAAGCCUUUGCAGAUAUGGGACAAGACUGUAAGCAUGCGAUAUCGUAGUAUUUGCCUCGCUGUAGUGUUUUAACGCUGGGGCACUUACACUUUUCAUUAAACUUUCCAUACUAAGAUUGUAACUCCACAAGCUUCCACCACUGAAGGGCUUUUUAGUCUUGCAUCUGUCGUUUGUGUUGUGGAAAAGUUUCUCGUGCAACUCCAUUUUGCAAUACCUGUUUGCCAGAUUGACCGUACCAUUCGAACAGAUGGUAAGCGGUAUGCAGUUCGCUGUGUACAGUGCAAUUCAACCACCAGGGAUCUGAGGACAGACAUCUGAAAUUUCAACCCUUAAUACAAGCCGUUUUCUAUCAUUUCUUGACUAUGUCUAGCGUCUAGAAGAUACGACUCGGUGUCGUUGACAGCCGACUUCGGAGAUGGUAUUAGCUUUCUUACACUGUACGGGCAGACUACACCCUCUGACAGAUCACCCGGAUUUUGCAGCGGGCCGUCCUCUGUAUAUCACGGAUCUUGAAUACGGCGAUAAGAUUGUGCUGCUGCAAACAUGCAGCACGCAGCAUGCCGUCAUUCUGCUUUCCCAAGUGAGUCAAAGACAGCCAUAGUGGAUUAAAAUAAUUUCCUCCAAUGCGACGACAGUCGUCUCGCAUGUCGUCGUCGGUAAUAUUUACCCAGUUACGACAGGUUUUGAAACUCUUAAGCUAGUUACCAGCUUCUCUCUACGCGGGUCAAAGUUUCUGCGACCUCAAAAUACGAACUGGAACAGCAGAUCAACGGGGGACGCUUGCAUACGUCCUAAUCACGUGAAAUUGGAGGAAUCGGUGCACAUUCACAUAAAAAAACCACACCUGGCGUAUAAAAGGGUUCGACCAAGACAGGCACAUUUCUCACUGCAAUCGCCUCAGUGCUACCGUGCAUUCCUGUGAAUACUUCUCUUGACCGUUCGAUAUGGCUCACGCUCCCAGAGGAUGUCCUCCCUACAGUAAGCGUUGGGGGGCUUUGACUAGUGUUCUGUUUCCUAAUUUAUACUCCACCCCUUCCCUAACGUACGACUACACGGUCGGUUAAAACUAGACUGCUUAACUGCGUCAUCCUUAUUCACCGACCGAGAUUGCUUUUCCACGGAUUCUAGCAACCUGAAGUUUGAGUUGUCUAAGAUUUCGUUUGUCGUGACGCCAUCGCCCACUAACUAGCGUAUGUGAAUAACAUACAGAAGACAGAAAUUAACAUGGGUAAACGGACUCUUGCGGUUCUACUGUUAAUGAUUUACUGGUAUACCGAUCGAUUUAACUCCUUUCAGAGGUCUGCCAUCAAUCGAUUUGAAUGGACAACAUCAGUUGUAGUGUCGCCAUCCUAUAAAUUGAAGAUAAAUGAAGCAGCAGUCCUAGUUGCCAUUCAAAGAACUGAAAAGAUUGUUGCGACUUUCCAAAUCUAAGACCCAGGCACACCAGAUUUGAGUCGGCGGCCAGUCGAGGUUCCGCAUUCCUACUUUCUUGUUUACUCAUCGUCGCACGGCCUUUAUAAAAACAAAUUUGAAAGACUGUUCCUGAUAAUCGAUAUUGGGUACGGAGAUUGUUAUGAGAUUUCUAAAAAAUCUGCAAUGCAGGCGACUCUACAAAAACCAAUUGAAUUCAUUGUCCGAAUUUUUUGCCCCUAAUAAUUCGGAUCACAAUCAAAACCACAUGACAGCAGUGGUAGACGAACUUACUUGAUGGCGGUUCACGGUCGCCAUGUCGCAGUGCGACAUCGAAUUUCGUGGUAUUUUAUAAAACAUUCGGCGUGCCAGACGGCCCUCCACGCCCUAAUGGCGCUGUAGCCGCUGGUUUGCAACUGCUUAUACGUCAGGCCCGACAGCCUGACGUAGCUAACCUUUACCGAAGGCCAUUCCACUAGGUCCCACCUUUGGACGCGUCGGAUAGCUAGCAUAUAGGCUAACUAGGGAAUCUGUCUCCUCGGAGUGAAUUACGCCGAGUAUUUUGAAUGAGAGUCCGCAAUCACUACAGGCCGUUCAAAAAACGAGAGGAGUAGUUUUGCCACACUCGUCGUCGUCCGUUGCCCUCGCGAUCCGGCGCUGAUGCCAAUCUGUAGGCGUCAAAUGGGUCAACCCGAACCAGUACUGACAUAGACCCUCAAGGCAUAGACUUUUUUCUUGGACCCUCGGUAUUCGGUCUCCGUCGUUGAAGAGGAUGGGUCGAGCUCUCAAGAUCGUUGACGCAGACCGCCACACAUGGAGAGACGGAUUUUGCGACAUCAUCGGGGCUGGUUAGAUCGGCUAUCAUCACAAUUCUACUAAGUACAAGUACAGGAGGAUUUUUCGGGUGAUAUGCUUUCUAGGUCAGUUGCGUAUAUUUGCUGUUAGUACUCCGGGAUUCUAUUACUGUGCAGUUUUUUGAACUCUUACAGUCUAGAGUUAUAUUGCCUGACUUCAGCCCAUGUGUGGACUUCCGCACGCUACAAACCUAACGACGAUGAUUAUGACGUCUGUUUGUGCUUUAAAUUUGCCUGUACCAACACUGUGGCAGUAAGUUACAGCGUCAGUUCUAAAAACAAUUUCACACGUCAAAGCGAGGUUGUUUCUGGAGUCCGAAGUGACCGGUUGAUUGAGCAGUUAUAGUUUGAGUACUAUAACCGAGAGUUUUUAUACCCACACUGUACUUUUGUAGUAGGAAUUCCAUCACAAUCAGUUGACUCCAUUCAUAAUCAUUUCCAGCAUUUCUUGGCUUGACACAGCCACGUUCCUAACUGCUUCACAAUCUGAUCACCGCCAUACAGUCCGAGAACCACGCGAAUUUAUCGUUUCUCUUAUGGGACUACUAGCCAUAACACUGAGACAUUUUUAUGAUAAAAGUAACGUACUUAAACCACCUACCUCGGCACCUUCCAGUGAGUCGGGAUUUCCAACAUAGGAGACAGUAAGUCUGUUCCUACUAAACUAGCCCCACGUUUUCUUUUGAGCCUAGUUUCGUCCGAAAUACGCUUACUUUUCCGUCUUCGAUACUCCUCCUUUUUCAUCUUUUUCCCCUUAGGCUAAGAAUGGGCACAUAAAGCGCAUUACUGACAACGAUAUACAAUCUCUCGUCCUUGAGGUUGUGGGCAAUAACAUAAGGUCCGUCCAGUGUCCUUAAUAUGCAGCCUGCCUCUAGCACUACCUUCAUCAGCUGCCCUGCAGACCCAUCCAAAGCUCUAGGCAUAAAGCUGCCAUUUCUAGUGCUAAUCGUCAAAAAUUUGAACAAAUACUUCUCAUUUGAAGUCCAGGUAGGCGAAUUAUUCCUAUCUUGCUCUAACACACUAUUGACCUUCAGAUACAGGAUGACAAGGGAAUCCGUCGACGCUUUCGCGCCAGCAACUACCAAAGCACAACUCGCGUAAAGCCAUUCAUAUGCACCAUGCCUAUGCGGCUAGAGGAGGGGUGGAAUCAUCUUCAACUUAACUUGACCGAUCUCACUAAACGCGCUUAUGGAACCAACUUUGUGGAAGUUUUACGUAUUCAGGUGAAGUUUGGACCAUCUAGCAUCUUUGCACAUUUUCGCAUUUGA